AUGAUACUUGCUCAACUCAACAGAAGUGCGACAAUUGCAUGGGAUUCCAGACCGCGUAUACCUCAAGAACCAACCGCUAUUGUGUCCGAGCCGGAAACCAAAGACCCUGUGGCUGUUUCGGCAGAGAAGGAGCCUGUGAAGGAAGAGCACGGCUUAUUUCACCGGACCCAUACGACGGAGGAACAAGUCGUGACAAUACCGCCUCCACGUCCAGUUUGGGGAGAUAUCUCACACAAUGGUUGGUCAUCGCCAACAUCACCAGAUUUACCAAGUUUACAAUACACAACUGUUAUUCUGGAAUUGCCACAUCUUAUCGAAGCUAGAGCAGUUUCCCUAGCACCAACAAACCUUCAAACCGAUCCUCCUCUUCCAGAUGCUCGGGUGGUAGAACUAUUGCAGAGGCCAGCAGCAAUGGGUCUUCGAGAUUACAUUGGUCAGCUUUCCAGUAUGGGAGUCCUCACAGAACCCGCUGCGACGGCUGAGUUCCUCACUCAAUAUGAAUACGCACGUUUUUCAGGGCGGCUGUUGGCAGAACAACAAUUUCGAGAUCUCAUGGGACAUUUUGCAGAGUUGCUGAGGAACAUGGAUACCUUGGGUCCAGCUGUUCUUGCAAGUCUAGAUAUUGUAGACAGUGAUAUCGAUGAUGAUGGUUCCUCUACAACUCCAAUCACUCCACGCAGCAGAUCUCCAAAUCGUAGCGUGAGUAGUCAUGAAGGGACUAUCCGCACAGCUCCAUCACGACAUACAGAUACCACACCAUCAAAGCGACAAGAAUUCAGUACAGCUCCAGCUACACCAAGAAGCAAGAAGCGUGUGGUAUCAAGAUCGCCAAGCAUGAACACUUUUGCCCAAACUCGAAGACCAUAUGCAGCGAGCAGUUCGAGCGAAAGUCUGAGGUCGACGAGUGAGAGUAGUGUUAUCAAGUUAAGCAGGUCGAAUACACCAGGUGAUCUACCUUACACUCUCAACAUUCCUGGAGCACGAUAG